AUGUCCAGUGGAAAGAAGGUGAACCUCAAUUCGGUCACGGAGCUCAGGAACGCUCUUGAAGAGCAGCUUCCGGUUGUUUUUGGCCACUUUGGCUAUGAACAGUCCUUCACCUUGAUAGAUAUCAAACUCGGGCUCGGGUGCAUAACCGUGGCGAUUGCCGGUUUCCUUUUCUGGUUGGACAAGAAUUACCCCUUCAAAGACACAUACUACGUCAUUGCCGGCGCCGUCGGCUUAUACUUCCUUGUGAGCUGUGUUUUGCUCUACUUCACCUCGGGACCAGGAUACAAGGACAACAAGUACGCGGGCACCAAGAAGCAGGACCGGAUCGUCUUGUACGGAUGGACAACCAAGUACGAUCCGAUUUACAACGUCAAGGUGGUGCUCAAUGGCAACGAGCAGGGCGCCGUGACCAAGGAGAUCCCGUUCAACAAGGUGUUUGACCACCGCCGUGCGUGA